ACUUUUGUGUGAAGUAUACAGUAUUAGGAUUUUCUCUCUUACAGACAACGACGAGAAAGAAGUUUCAUUGGCGUCUAGCUAGGUAUCCCACAUCUAUGAGUUUCUUGUGGGAUAUUAUGCCCAUUGAUAAGCAUCUGUCAACUGUUCCAGAAACCGAAGGUUGUCAGCAGAGAAUCGAAACUAGGAUCUGUGCUUUGCCUGACGAUUUGCUCUUGCAGAUCUUGCCUCACGUCCCAACAAAAGAGGCAGUCGCCACUUCAAUCUUGUCCAAACAAUGGCGUUAUGUCUGGCUGAUGCUGCCUAAACUCGAGUUCAAAGACGAAGGCAGCGAGAGCGUUGGGUGGUUUAUUAAAAAGUCAUUGCAACUCCAUAAGGCACCGAAACUAGAUUGUUUGAUUGUCGAACUCGGUCCACAUUGUCCUAUUGACGUCGAUGUCAGAAAGUGGGUUGAGAACGCAGUUAAUAGAGAUGUUAAAGAUUUAGAUUUCACGCUCCUCUGGAGCGCAGCGCCUACAAGCUUUCCUAAGAGCCUUUACACAUGUGACACGCUCGUUUGUUUAACUCUAUCCAACCAGAUUCUGGUGGAUGUGUCUUCCCCGGCUAGUCUACCAUCUCUCUUAGAUUUGAGUCUUCAUUACGUGGUGUAUAAAGACGAUGGCUCUCUUGUUAGGCUCUUAUCAAGUUCCCCUGUUCUCAAGAGGCUGAGUGUGCAUAGUCAUGAGGAUGACAACUUAAAAACCUUUACCGUGAAAGUUUCUUCCUUAGAAUCAUUAAAUUAUGAUGAGAAUUGGCUCAAGGAUGAGGUAGAGGAUAAUGAGGUUGAUGAGGUAGUGGAUAAUGAGGUAGAGGUUGAUGAUCUCAAUGGAUCGUUGGUAAUAGAUUCCCCUGCAUUAAAAGAAUUGCACUUAUCUGAGGUUUGGGACUAUUGCUUGAUAGAGAAUAUGUCUUUCCUUGACGAGGCAUUCAUCAGCAAUGUUCCUUACCCCGAUGAAAAGUUUCUGAGAUCUCUUUCUUCUGUCAAACAUCUCUUCUUACUGUUUAGCAAAUCAAUGGUUGCAUGCUGUAACGCCAUCAAGUUCUCCUGGCUCAUAGAGUUUUACUUUUUUCCAAUUAGUUUGGUAGAUUGGUUGAUGCCGCUUAUGUUUUUGCUUCAAAAUUCUCCUAAACUUAAAACUCCUACGAUUGACAAUGACUUCGAGUGUCUCUCACUUUCCUGGAACCAGCCGAGUUCUAUUCCCGGAUGCUUGUUGUCUCAUCUAGAGACCUUUAGGUGGAGAGGCUAUGGAGGAAGAGAAGAUGCGAAAAAACUACUGAUGACAUACAUUCUCGCUAACUCAAAGUGUUUAAAGACAGUGGAGAUCUCCCUCUUAGCAACCUGCAAUCUUGAAGAGACACAAAAGGAGUUAAAAUCUAUGCCUAGGAUUUCACAAUCAUCUCAACUUCUAAUCUCCACUAAAAAGUUAUGGAGAAUUAACGAAAGAACUUAUCUUUGA